GUAUCUAACAUUGAAAAAUCGUCAUCUACAGUCCGUGCAGAAUAUUUUCAUCCUGAAUUUGGCUGCCAGUGAUGUGCUCAUGUGCUUAACGUCGUUGCCGAUUACACCGAUUACGAACGUCUACAAGACCUGGUUUUUCGCAUCACCCGUCUGCAAGCUCAUUCCACUUGUGCAGGAGACGAAAUGGCUCAUGCAAUGA